AUGUUCAGAAACUAUACUAAGAGAAGAUUGAACAACCAAGAUGAAAACCCCUGCUUCCUUUACCUGAGGUGUGGCCCUGAUGGAGGUGAAGAAAUCGCUUCUAUUGGCGUUUUAAGUUCAGCAAGAAAUGAGGAGUACUGUGGAACCAGUAGGGGCAAGAAUGUUUGUACUGUCCUGGAUGACAGUAAACACGAAAUUAUUUUCUACAAAAAUUACUUAAUAUUGGCAUCCUCAACUCAUGCCUGUAAAAUAAAGUUGUGCUCCUUUGGUGAAAGGCAGUGUGUGUUCAUCAGUAAAGUUGUGAUACACAUGAGAGCAGUUUCAGCAAAUUAUUCAACAAGCUCUCCUGCUCUAAAAUCAAGAAUAGACCUAGACAGGAUCCAAACCAUAAUGGAGUCCAUGGGGUCAAAGUUAUCUUCUGGAGCUCAGCAAUUGAUUAAUAUGGUUAGGUUUCAGCAGUGUAAUUGUAUUCCUAUUGAAGAGCAGCUUCAGUUGGUGUUGGGCAAUACUGGAUACAAGCAUAUGAUUGGACUACAAUGCUCAUCUGCCUUGGGAGCCUUAGAUAAGUCAUCCUCCACACCUUUCCCUUUUAGAACUGGAUUGACAUCUGGAAACGUAACUGAAAACUUACAAGCGUACAUUGAUAAAAGUACACAGGCAUCUAGUGGAGAGAAUUCUACAAAGCUUGAUGAGUGUAAAAUUGUGCCACAAAACCAUUCCCUUCUUGAAAAUGAUCUUAAAAAUGCAACAUCCCCUUUCUUACCAAAGAAAGCAAAUGACAACUCAAAUACACCUAACUCUGAGUUGCUGCCUUUUCUCCAGAAUUUAUGUAGUCAAGUUAACUAUCUCCUUGUGGGACAUAGGGCCGAGUGACAGGAAAACAUCACCAAGCCUGAUGAAGGCAUUCUUGGUGUUGGGUAAGUAUUGUUUUAACAAGGAUGUAGUUUUGAUUUGGUAGGUGGGAGAAUUAGAUGAAGAGAAAGAGAAGCAGAUUUGUCUCAAUGAGUACUGCCUAAAAUCUGUUUCAAUAGAAAAUUAUAGCAGCUUUUUUUUUUUUUACAGCUUACUAUUAAUAUACCUGUAGAGAAUAACUAUUCUACAGAGAAUAGAUUGUUUUGAAAGAAGUGCCUCUGCCUGUAACUGGAGGUGUUGCACACUUGUCAGGCAUUUUGUGAGUUACAAGCAUAGCUAAUGGUUGAAGUUGAAAGUGAUCUGUAUGAAUGGAGAGCAGCUGUGGGAACCAUAAUAUGUAUUUUUUUUUCCUGAUUGUACCAAAUGAGCCAUCGUAACAGAUUUCCUUUGUAAAUCACAUUUGACCUAGGCUAAUUUUGAAGUCAUCAAAAAAUGUAUUAACAUUGUAAUUAUUUAUAGCAUAUAGGCCCUUAUAACCCUGGUCUCAUAAUUCCAAGUUUGUGACAGUCCUGAUUUGAUUGAGGAAUGGCUGAGUAUUUAGUAUGUUCCCCAUUCUUUACAUAGAUACAGCGUGCUGAAAUACUGCACUAGGCUAGAAUUCAGGACUCAGUCAGAGACCUGGCUUAACUAUUUUGCCUUACUGGUUAAAUCUUUUGAUUUUUUUUUCAAUGUGUGAAGUUAGAUAUUUGUAUUGGUUGAGAUUUGUUUAAUGUUUCCAACAGUGUUAAAAUUUUUAGGAAUUUAAUUUAUUUAAAUAAAGGUGGUUCUUAGGAUAUAGAAAGAUAACAUUAGUGUUCAAUAAUUGGUGGUCUGCAUCAAUGAUAAUUACUUGUUAUAUGAGAUGCAUAGUCUUCAAUUGUUGAUAGUCUGUAUCAGUGAUAACUAGUUGUUAUCUGUAGUGGCAAAAAAAAAUCAAAAGACUAUACAGUAUACAGGGAUUCAAAAACUGCUUGGGACACUUCUGGGUCCAGCUGAGAUAGAACAUUGCCAUUCCUCUCAGAUCCUCAUUUUACAAAUAAAAAUCCUUGGACAUAACACAACGAAGAAACAUACAAGGACUGUGAAGGGUAGAAAGAAGUCAGACUGCUUAGGGACUGUGGGAUUUGAGGAGCAAUGCAAUGUUGAGUUUUUUUGUCUUCCAUAGAUCUUGGAUGGGGUGCCAAAGAAGUCUGCAACCUGGGACAACCAAUGGGGACAAAAAUUAAGAGCUUCAAGAAAAGCCUAUUCCUUCUAACCAAAGGAUCAGGAAAAGGGAGUCCUAACAAAACAAAACCUUUCAAUAAUACUUGUCCUACUCCACUCAAACACCAAUGGAAAUACUGCCAUCCUGCCUGCCCUGUUGAUUGAGGCAGUUGUACUCUGGUUUCUCUACUGGGGUGGUGUCAGCUAGCUAAAUGGUGAGCUGUUCUUCCAUCUCUCAGUCAGAAGGAGUGGGCAGCAUUCCAAUUCUGCUACUGGGUGAUCAACAGAGCCGAGUAGAAGCUAAAUUUCCAGCCCCUGCUCAGCUGAAACAAGCAGUACUUCAGUUCAACCAGGGUGAUGUAACCACUGCCCCGCAAAAUCAGAUACUUUAAUUUUCUAGCUGGGGUGGUAUAAGGAGAGGAAGGGAGAGUUUGGAGCUGAAAAAAUAUCUGAAGAAAUAAUGGUUGAAAUUUCCCCAAAGCUGAACUGGGGAAAGGCGUGAACUCACAGAUUCAAGAAGCUGAAUAAGUCCUACACAGGAUAAAUUCAAAUAAGUCUAUGCCAAGUCAUAUCAUAAUUUUUUGAAAACGAAAAAAUAAAAAAUAAAUUCUGAAAGAAAGCUGGAGAGAAACAACAUAUUCUCAUAGAGAAAUACCAAGUUUGUUGACAGCUGAUUUCUCAUCUGAAAUUAUGGCGGCCAAUAAGAAGAGGCACAUUUUUCAAGUGCUGUAAAAGAACCGUGAGUCACAAAUUGUAUAUCCAGCAAAAAUAUCCAUUAGGAACAAACAGCAAGUAAAGACAGUCUCAAAUAAAUGAAAACAGAUUAUUUUGCACUGGCAAGCCUACCCUUAAAGAAUGGAUAAAGCAAGUUAUCCAAGGAAAUAAUGACAGAAGAAUGCUUAGAACUUCAGAAAGGAAGAAAGAUCAAUGGAAUGGAUAAAAAUAGAGAGUGGAAGAGCAGCCUGUUUGCUCCUACUUGGAAUAGAUUCUUUCUAAAAAUAUGGAACUGAUAGAAAAGAAACUUAUAGACUACAUUGAUCAGCGAAUAUAAACUCCAGGAGCACAUCGAUGAUAAGAUUGCUUUGUUAAUGGAUUUGCUGCAAAAUCCCAACUCCCCGCCCAGUGGGCUGCCUCUAAGACAUUAUGACUCUGGAGAAAGACUUUCAAAUGAAGAAAGAUGAGCUCUCAACAUAAACAGUGUACUGCAGAUAUUUAUUACAUAUUUAUUACAAAGCCAAAACCCAAAAAUAUUUAUAAAAAGCAAGGAUUUAAUGUUCUUUUAAGGAUCAUCAUCUUACUUACUGAAGUGACCUCAGUGUUCAUUAUUACUACACUUGUACUGUAUACUAAGAGUUAACAUGAUACAAUAUUAUUUUUGCUAGUAAUAUUUUUCACUCAUAAGUGUAUAUAUACUUCUGUGUUAUACGUUCUAAAUGUUUAAGGAUUUCUAAUAUAAUUCAUUAGUUUAUAUAGUAUAUGUUUGAUUGAAGUACUGUUUUAAUUUAUAUGAAGACCUUAUAGUUUCAGGGAUAUAAAAGGAAUGCUUAGAGUAUUUGAUUUUUUUUUUUUUUUCUAAUGGACUGACCUUGGAAAACUGGGUACUUAACCUGGAACCUUUAUUUUAGAUCACCAACUUAAAUUUUAUAUUGUUUAUUUCAGAUAAAAAAUUAGAUGUGAUGUUUGGCAUGUGUAAAAUCAGUUCACAUUGGGGCCAUUAAUUGUACAUUCUGUCACAUUGUAAGAGUAGAUAAGAAAGUGAAUAUCAGAACUGGUCUAUUCCUUGUUAGGAUUAUUACUUUGGAUUUAGUGUAUGAUGUAAAAUGGGAGAAUUCAUCUCAUUUUAUCUCAAUAAACCCAGAAAGUGUAAGG